GCGUCUGCCCAGGGAAUCGAAUCGCGGCGAUGGGCCAAGACGGUCCUGACUACCAGCCAGCUAAAGCUGGCAAGGCCGCAGCCAAGGCCCCAAGCAAGCGGCAACGCCGGAAGGUGGCCAAGUUAGAGGAGGGCAACGGGCAGGGGCGCCAAAUCAUCCUCGUCCUGAACGAGGAGUCCGUUAGACUUCUCCACGACACGGAGGGAACUGUGGACUACGGCUACAAGAAGGUAAUCAUAGUGGAGCCCCCGGAGAUCCCUAGCAUGGAGAUCAAGCCUGUGUCGGUGUCGGACGAGGCAUCAGUAGUGUCGGAUGACAUCUUAGAUGGAUGGAUUACCACCAAAUUCAAGAAUUUCCUGCAAAAUUUCCUUGGCAUAUACCCGAUCGGCAGAUGAAGACUCUGCUAUGUUUGUAUUUUCUUGUUCGUUUAAACUAUUUUGAGACUAUUGCUCAGCAUCUGAACAAUCUGCAUCUGAUAAUUCAGGUAACGUUAUUAUUGCUGGAAUUUCGAGAUUAUUUAUAGCCUCUUCCUGUAAUUCAAUUUCUUCUUCUUCUGAUUUACUGUCUAUUGUUCCUUCUUCUUUUGUUGUGUUGAAAAGAGUCAGAGCAAAAAAAAAUUUAAUUGUUUGCUUCAGUCUGGCUAUAGCAAUACUACACAUAUACGAUCUGGUUCAAAUUCUAGAAGAUUUAGUCAUUCUCCUGACUUGAGAAAUGUGAAUGCAACAGAUUUUCAUACUUUGUGGAAGCGGAACGGAGAGGGGCGAAGUUUUAAAAUACUCUUGUAACAGAGACAUAUCACAGAAGUCUGGAUAAAAA